UAUAAAAGCACCAGCUGAAACGUUCGAAAUUAGAAAAAAAGUCGGUGUCAGAAGACUACACAGGUAAAGAUCUGUAAAAACCAGUUGGACAGACACUCCGGGAUUUCGCAGCCGACCUAGACCACCUGAUCACCACGAUGGUUACACCUAUCAAAAACCCAGAGAUCAGAUAUAAACAUCUGUUUAUCAACAAUGAGUUUGUAAACUCUUCUAGCGGAAAGACAUUUCCUGUCAUCAACCCCGCCACUGGAAAGAAGAUAGCUGACGUGCAGGAAGGGGACAAGACUGAUGUUGACAAGGCUGUUAAUGCCGCUAAAAAGGCAUUCGAACCUGGAUCUGUUUGGCGUAACACGGAUGCCAGUGACCGUGGCCGUCUGCUGAACAAAUUGGCCGAUCUUAUAGAGCGGGAUAGGCUCUACUUAGCGAGCCUUGAGAGUCUCGAUAAUGGCAAGCCUUUCAAUGACUCUUACAACGUUGACAUGGUCCUUGUAUAUAAGUGUCUUCGGUACUACGCUGGAUGGACUGAUAAGAUUGGUGGCAAAACCAUCCCCAUGGACGGCAACUAUUUCUGCUACACCAAACACGAACCUGUUGGAGUGUGUGGUCAGAUCAUUCCUUGGAACUUCCCUCUCCUGAUGUUUGCCUGGAAGUUAGGACCGGCUAUCGCCUGUGGAAACGUGGUCAUCCUAAAACCAGCCGAGCAGACCCCACUCACCGCUAUCUAUACAGCCUCUCUCAUCAAGGAGGCUGGUUUCCCUCCAGGAGUGAUCAACAUUGUACCGGGCUACGGACCAACAGCAGGUGCUGCUAUUUCCGAACAUUAUGAAAUCGACAAGGUUGCUUUCACUGGCUCCACAGAGGUAGGACAGAUUGUUAUGCAGGCCGCCGCUCGUACCAAUUUGAAGAGAGUCACUCUGGAACUUGGAGGGAAAAGUCCAAAUGUUGUAUUUGCAGAUGCUGAUUUGGACGUGGCAGCGGAUGCUUGCCACAACGGAUUGUUUUUCAACAUGGGUCAGUGCUGCUGUGCCGCCUCUAGAACGUACGUCCAGGAGGAUGUGUAUGACGUCUUCACCAGGAAGUUGGUAGAGAAGGCCAAGACACGCGUGGUCGGUGAUCCAUUCGAUUCUAGGUCCAUGUCAGGCCCCCAGGUUGACCAGGAACAGUUCGACAAGAUCAUGGCCCUGAUAGACAGUGGAGUGCAGCAGGGAGCCAAGCUAGAGUGUGGUGGCAAACGUCACGGAAACGUUGGAUACUUCAUACAACCGACAGUCUUCUCUGGAGUUACAGAGGAUAUGCGCAUCGGCAGGGAGGAGAUAUUUGGCCCCGUUCAGCAAAUCAUCAAAUUCAGAACUUUGGAUGAAGUGAUACAGCGGGCAAACAAAACAAAUUACGGACUAGCGGCUGCUAUUUGCACCAAAGACAUUGACAAGGUCAUGACCUACAGCAGCCAGGUCAAGGCUGGAACCGUAUGGGUGAAUUCCUUCAAUGUGUUUGGCGCUCAGUGUCCUUUUGGAGGAUUUAAGAUGUCGGGUAUCGGACGCGAACUUGGAGAGUACGGUCUACAGCAGUAUUCCGAGGUCAAAACGGUCAUAAUCAAAACUCCAACUAAAGUGUAAAGAGUUUCACGGAGGAACAUCUCUAAUGAAACAGGAGUUGUCUAUCCUGUAUUGGACAAUAUGUGUUGUUACACAGUUACUUUUUGAUUUAAGUCACCUUUGUUGCUACUGCUCGCACAGCGUCAGGCUUAAACCUCCCAUGUUGAUGGGGAUGUAACAAUUCAAAAAUAUACUCAAGUUUCAACAUUUUACUUACAAAUGUUAACUCGUACACAUAAAGAUAACACGAUAUAUCUUGUUCUCAACAUCAGCGUUGACUCUAACUGUUAUCGGUGGAUUAAUGUUACCGUUAAAAGUUAACAUGGUGAAGGGUAUCCAUUCGUUACUGUUGUUUCAUCGCCUCAAGUAUUUUUUAAGAUCGUCAGGUAUUAUCUAAAUUUUGUUUACUUUGAACUUGUUUCAUUGGCAAAUAUUUUAAAAAAAAUAUACAGUGAACUAAACAUUAUUUUUAUAUCGAGGUAAUUCACUUUUAACGUUUAAAAUCAAAUAUGUAAAAUAAAAGACUUUUCAGGACCAGGAUAAAUAACUGGUUAUAAUUUAUUGGUGUUUCAGGUUGUAAACAAAGUAGUAUCGAAUAACGUUCGAUUUUGUAGAACUGAAGAAUAUUUGAUAAAGAGAGCUUUACUUUCAACAUUGAUAUGGAUUUUAUGAACAGUGUUAAGUAGAAUAGUGAUGCUGUAAAAUCUCGAUGAAAUUUCAAAACAAGAGAGUUUAUAUACAUUUUUUUUUAUUCUUGAACCUACGUCAAAAGUUACGUAAGCCAUCUAUUUCAUGCCAAGAUAAUGUAUGAAAUUGCGUUGUUGCUUUGCCCUUUAUUAGAUAUGCUUUACAUGCAUGUUACACAACUGCAGUGAAAUAUGUUUUAAUAAAAACAUACUGGUUACUAAUA